UGCCGGCCUGGGUGUUGUAUACCCGUUCUAAUAAUGGCCAGAGGAAACAAGAGUGGGCGUGACUUGGUGCAUUCAUAUUUAGAGGCGAGCUAGCGCCGGCCUAGCGGCAUCGACAUGGAGGCGGACGAGGACAGCGCUGGUGGCCUCCUCUGCGUGACGGGCGGCAGCGGCUUCAUCGGCUCCUGGCUGGUGCGCCUGCUCCUCGACCGCGGCUAUACCGUCCACGCCACCGUCAAGAACCUCCAGGACGAGGGCGAGACGAAGCACCUGCAGGCCCUGGACGGCGCGGACGCGCGCCUCCGGCUGUUCCAGAUGGACCUCCUCGACCCUGCCUCCUCCAUGCGACAGGCGAUCGAGGGCGCCCGCGGUGUCUUCCACCUGGCGUCCCCUCUGACGCUGCACACCCAGGACCCGGAGGCAACUCUUCCUACACAAUCUUUCAGUUUCACCAACUGGAAAAAAAAACCAAAUCUAAUUCUAUAAUUUAUAUGGAUGCACGGUGGAGCAGCAGAUGUUUGGUAUAGCUCCAUACUUUUCUGUUUUUUGAUGUACGGUGGAGCUGGUUAACUUAGAUGUGUUUGGAUACAAUAAAUUGGAUUUAAAUCUAUACCUGUUUUUGAUGAAUCUGGUGGACCUAUCCCAAACAUGCCAUGAGUUUAGUGAAUCUAUGGAGUGAAGCAGAUCCGCUAGUGAAACUGAUUAAAAAAUUAGACUUAAAUCUAAUUUUAAUGGAGUUGUUCUAGACGUACCCAUACUAUAACCACGCCUUUUUCACCGUGAUUACUUACUGCUCGGUGCUCGCAGAAGGAGCUGCUGGAGCCCGCGCUGAAGGGCACGCUCAGCGUCCUCCGCGCCGCCAAAGACUGCGGCGUCCAGCGUGUUGUUCUCAUGUCGUCAAAGUCAGCCAUGCUGCCGAAUCCUGCCUGGCCUGCGGACAAGGCGAUGGUCGAGGAUGACUGCUGGGCCGACGUUGAGCUCCUCAAGAGACGUCAGCUCUGGUACAACGUCUCCAAAACGUUGGCAGAGAAGGCGGCGUGGGAGUUCGCCGAAAGGGAGAGUUUGCAGCUGGUUGUGCUGAAUCCAGGGACUACUCUGGGCCCGUUUUUCACGCCAUCAGUGAACACCAGCCUGAAUAUCCUGCUGCAGCUACUGAGAGGCCAGGAGCUGGAGUUGGACGCUGUCUACACAGGGUGGGUCGACGUCAGAGACGUGGCGCAGUCUGCGAUCGUGCUGUACGAGAACCCAUCCGCGCAGGGACGCCACCUAUGCCUGGCGUCCAUGGAACGCUUGGUUGACUUCGCCGAUAGAAUCGCUGAUAUGUACCCUGAAUUCCCAGUUCAUAGAAUCGAGGAGGACAAACAGGGCUGGUUGAUGAGAGCAAAGGAGCCCUCCAAGAAGUUGGUCGAUCUGGGCGUCCGUUUCCUUCCGUUCGACGUGACCAUCAGGGAGACCGUCGAUUGCUUCAGAAGCAAAGGCCUCAUCUAGCCCUGUGAGAGCAUGUUCAGUUGCGUGUCUGGUUCUAUAGAACUGCUACAAUGAUACCUCGCUCGCUCAAACAGAUCAAACUGCGAGAAUGCACUUAAAGGCACCACCGUAGCAUUGUGGUGGAGUUUUCGGUGCAUAUAUUGCUCCACUGGAGCUAAAAUGUUGAUGUAUGCGAGUUUAAUGGCUGUAUUGCAUCAUUAACCGAUUCAGAUGCCAGAUAUGCUUUUUAUCAA